UGAACAUGUACAAAGAUAAUAAAGACGACGAGAAUUUCGCUGAAGCGACCCGGGUUACCUUCGACGAUUUUUACCGAUUGAUUCUAAGUGACGACACAGAUGAAGUUGAGCGAAUUUUAACGAGCGGGGAGGAAAUCAACCUCAACACAAUUCACCAACAGAACACUCCCUUGGAGCAAGAUGGCCAGAGUCCUUCUGUACGAAUGCCGGUCCUUCACCUUGCCUGUAUGUACAAACGUCUGAAGAUCACCGAGUUAUUUUUGGAUUACGGUGCAGACCCGCUGUACAAAGAUGAACAGGACCAGAGGACCCCCACCUGGACCCUCCUCAUGUACUGGAUGGUUCCGGACCUGCCGGUGAACAGGGUGUCGUUUGAUGAAGAGGAUGUAGAUGAAAUACAGAAGGCCUUUAUAAAGAAUCGCAGACGACACCUUUGCACCGCCACCACACUUCUGGACAUGCUACUCGAACAUUCAAAGGAUCCACAACAAUCAAGCAUCAUUAAGGGAAGGACCUUGCUACAUUUGUGUGCCCAGAGAAAUUUAGUAAAUCCCAUUGAACACCUGAAGAAGUUUAAUGCCUCCAUGAAUGAACGGGACCAGGAUAUGUAUACACCGGCAAUGCUUGCUGCCUUUCAUGGUAACAUGGAAAGCCUCAUGGAGCUGCUUCGUCUUGGGGCGAGUACACGAAAACGGGACAAUGCUGGCCGCAACAUCGUACACAUCUUAGCGGGCUCAGAGAGAAUCACAGCAGCACAGAUGGCGUUCAUGUUCAAAAAGUUUCCUUCUGUGACAGAAAUUAUUAAUGAACAGACUCACAAUGGAGAAACUCCUCUUCACCAUUGUGCCGUGCGCGGAAACGGCGAGAAAAUUCACCUGCUGCUCUCUAAUGGCGCCAAAUGUUCCACCAGAGACGCAUAUGGCCAGACACCUUUGUAUCUUUUGCUUAAAUUACACAGUAUAGUUUGCGUCUAUCUGGGCUUCAUGUCAUUGCUUACAGAAACAACCCAGCUGAGCCUAAAGGACGCUGAAGGAAACUACCCAAUCAAACUGAUGGAGGACUCCCCUCGUCACGUGAGGCGGAAGUUGCUGAAGAUGAGCCGCAAUCCACCGCGUCUGUACUUCAUCUGUUUACAGAAGAUACACAGCUUAUUGGCCAAACCGCAGGAUGUGUCCUCCACCUCAAACAUGUACCGGGACAGUAAAAUGGUGUCCAUCACGGAUGCCCUUAAACUGGACUGUCCAAGGGAGCUCAUUAUGGACAUUCUGACGUACAAGCAUACCAUGCGGAACAAAUGGUCCCACUACAUGUUUAGGCACUUAUGAAAAAUAGAAAUUUAAAGUAUAUAAUCGACAUGUAAAAUAACACAUUUAAACUAAAAAGAAGUUAUUUGACGAUAAAAUGCAAAGUCCUUUUUCCCUUUCUUUUUCAUAAUUAUGUUUUUUUCUUCUUUGUUUUUUUUUAAAUCUUUUACCAACAUUCUAGUUUUUCAUUGGCGAAUAUUGGACGUAUAAAGCAGUAGAAGUUUGAAUGGCACUAGCCGCUCAACAAUGUACUUGUAAAGGAAAAAAAUCGUUUAAUUUAUCCGACAACAUAAAUCCAUUCAAGAGAUAAGCAAUCCAAGCACUUGGGCCAGAUUUGUUUAGGUUUAAAACAAAUGCUGGAUUCACCUAUACUCAUCGUUAAAGUUUUUUUUUCUGAAAUAGUCUGAAUGUUUGUAAUUUGAUCAGAUUGUGGUGUAUUUAUUUAAACCCUUGUCUUCGUUAACACAACCCUUUAGCGUUCAGUCAGCUUGAAUAACUAAAACACUUAAGUAUAACAUACAGUUUUAAUAUGUCAAUGAUGAGAAAAAAAGAUAAAUUAGGUUGACGUCAUUUAAGGGAAACAGUUGAAAUGUUGACGUCACGAUUGAUGACAGAUUGGCCCGAAAGGACCGGAAGAAAGGACAUCUGCACUAUGGUUCGGAUUUACAUCUUUUUGUUCUUAAUCUUUAUGCUAAGUACAAGACCAUCCUAGCUGACCUACUCCCCGUAUUAACAGUAUUGCUCUAUUCUGUUUAGGUUACAUGAAUGUUGAAUUUCUGUUACCCAAUGUUAUUUUUUCGUUUUUUUUUCAAAUUAAGGAAGUUACUGAAUUUUCAUUUGCUUUGAUUUUUUUUUUUUUGUUUUCUCAGUGUGAAAGUCUUAAAGAGCAAUACUAUUUUGCGAUAAACCGUAAAACUAGAUUUGUCUAAUUACCUGUAAAUAAAACCAUUUG